AUGCAACACACGGAUCCCUCAAGCGGUUUGCUGAACUCUCUGUACAAAGCAGGGCUCGGUCUGAGGGAGCAAUGGAAAGUGGUGGCUGCAGAGACCAGUUACAAGGACAGCGAGGAGAGGCGCCAGAAAAUGGCCAGUUUAAACACCUCCAUCGAACAAACUGUCAACCUGACGGCGCAACUUCCGAUGCUUCGAGACUCUAUCUCUGCACUUCGGGCUGAGAACGCGCUUUUGCGCUCUGAGCUCUCAUCAUUGCCAGUGCGCUUCAAACAGCCGCCACCUGAAAUUCUGCGAAUGAUCUUUGGUUUCGCCACGUCAGCUCCCUUUUCCGAUCCAGCGGUCAGCCACGGACCAAACUCAUUGUGGUGUCAAACGAUGCGCACCAAGAAGGCCGUGAUGCUGGUAUGCAAACUCUGGCGCGAUGUUGGUGCAGAAUUCUUGUACGAGGAUGUCGUCCUUCGCCGUCCCGCACAACCUGCCCUUCUCCUGAGAACUUUGGAGACUCCGGGCAUUGACUACGGUCACCGCAUCUCGUCACUGUGGUUGACAUGUGUAACGGAACCGUCCGACUAUGACGACCUCUGCAGGGUAUUGGGCGGCAUACUCUCGGUCUCCACCAGGAUCAAAUCAUUUGGUCUCGUCAACCCGUUCGAAUAUAGACCACAAGACGCUGGCAUUCUCGUACACGAUUGGUCGACGAUGUUGAAUUUGCUAGCGCACUCCCCGUGCUCUGCAUGCCUUACGCAUCUGAAACUCGCCGUCACUGGCGACACUCUUGUUUUCGAUCCUUGCUUCAUGCAAAACUUUCCAAAUUUGUCCUCCCUAGACAUCGACGCUUCGCGCGCUGUUGUGAAUAAUCAGACAGCCGAGGAAUUUCCCUCACGCUCUCAGAUUCAUUUACCAGAACUUCGUCAUAUACGGUGCACAAAGAAGGGAUACACGUCGUCUGCCCACCUACAUGUCCUCUCGUCGAUAAUCUCGAAUCCGUGUUCACUGCUGCAGCUGAACAUGUUGACGAUCGGUUUCUCCGACUACUCGAGAUCAGCAAGCCAUCUACGGGAAAUAUUUCGACUUUGCGGUCCACAGCUCACGUAUCUUCACCUCAUUGAACAUGACAGUCCAGUCCCAUUCGGUUACCACAAUCUACAAGAGUUCAUGGAUUAUUUCCCCAAGCUCGAGCACCUCGUCGUUCCGAUACGACUCGUUGAAACUUACCGAUGGUCGCAUCCAACUUUACGGUGGCUUGACGUAUGGACGACAUUUUCAAUCAGAAAGCGUUUUCAACCUAGAACAUACUUGCCGAGUCUUACGCUCUACCGCCAGAGAUGUCCUAAUCUUAUUGCUGUCCGAAAACUCGACAUCGAUUUAUCAUAUCGCUCCAUCGACAUUCCCAUUCGUCUCCCUCCUGAUACGACGUUUCCGCCCGGCGUGAGGAAAAGGACCUUUGAUCUAUCAAACACCUCCGAUAUUGUUCAAACGUCCCACAAAAUCAUUCUCAAGGAGAUUGGGUACAUCUUCGAUGCCCCACCUGUGCCUUCAUCGGACGAGAGUGAAGAUUCCUCAUCGGAUAAACAUGAAGACUCGUCCGAGUCGGAUGAAGAAUGGCUAAAUCACCCCACUGACUCGGAAGAGUCGUCUGCAGAUUCUGACGGGACGGAUAGUAGUUCGAUGGUAUCAGCAGAUGGUUGA